GCCACUGUCACAUUUUGAGUAUUUCUGUGUGGUCCAGUUUUUCACAGAGUAGUAUUUUUGAUAACACUUGUUAGUGCUUCUUACGGGGUCACGUUAGCGCAUUUCCAUACUAACUCGGACUACGCGAUGGCUCACUACGAAGAAGUGGCCGUUCGCGGAUACGAGGAGUUCAGUCAGGCUGUAUCCGAGAGAAAGGGGAAGGAUAUUUUUACCUAUUUCUCUGGUAAUAAAGACGCCCAAGGAAAGAGCUGGUGCCCGGACUGUGUGAAAGCGGAGCCGAUUGUUAGAGGACAGAUGACUCACCUUCCUGAGGGAUCUGUGUUCAUCUACUGUCAAGUGGGAGAAAGGGCCUAUUGGAAGGAUCCAAGUAACGACUUCAAGAAGACCCUGAAGUUGAGUGGAGUUCCCACUCUGCUGCGAUAUGGCACACCUCAGAAAUUGGUGGAGGAAGAAUGCUUCAAAGCAGACCUGGUGAGGAUGAUGUUCACCGAGGACUGAGGAAUUCUACGAUGUUCACAUCAUUUCAUCAUUUCAUCAUUUCUUCAAUGUCAAACAGUAAAUUCACAACCACGCAAUUCCAGCCUUAUUGACAAACGUGCACUAAGUGCGUCUCCUUCUGGAAUGUCGAUGCAAAUCAGCAACUGUGUAACUUGGUCGACAAAAUAAUGAGCAUCUAGCGUAAGACACACUAAUUCAGUACUUGAACCUCUGCAAAGGGAAAUAUAAAGAACUGAAGUAACUCUAGUAAUUAUUCAAAGCUGCUUUAUGUGCAAUCAUUACAUUCUUAUUUGAGUUUGAUGAGUAUCUUCAAAUGUAACGUUGGUCUAAAAAGUCCAUUGCGUUCUUUAAAACUGUUUGAUUCUUUUUCAUUGUGACCCUUUUUUUUAUGUGAUUAUUUGUGUUUCCUUGCAGUAAGAUUCAAAUAAACUAAAACUUGAUGUGGAAAAUGAG